AUGACAGAAGCGUGCGUGAUGCGCUGGUCUUUCUUAAUGCAGGCACAGGAACUGUUGUUCUGUGGCAAAAUGGUGGUAAGUUCUUGUUUCGGUUGAGAUGUUAAAAGGUUUUUAUAAUUUGUCCAGCUACGUAAUACCUUACUAUAUUUGAUUCACAUGAAACUUUAUUGGUCAGACAUUCGUUUUCCAACUAUAUAUCUUGUCUAUUUACUUCAUUGUCGUAUUUUCAUUAAUCGAAGUUCACUGAUUACAACUUGCAACGUCUAGCGUAUAGCCUUACAGUUCAAAGCCGAUCUGGAAAAUUUGACCAAUGUUAAGCCUGAGGGAGAAGACUUUCGUUGGUAUUUGAAGGUAAGAGAGAACCACUUACACAAAUAAUGCUUAACGGCUACCUUUUGGGUUAGCGUAAUUGAAAACCUUCAAGUGAAGAGAUGAUUCUCGUAGGUGAACUGCAAUUUAAUGAGAGGUAGAAAAGAAGCCCGAGAAAAUUCAGGCUUCGACAGAAUUCAAACCUUUGCCUCCCUGAUACCAUUUAUGGGGUUAUCCAUCAAUGACAAGGAGGCAAACUGACAUCGCAUUCGGUGAUGUUACGUUACACUGUUUAUAAAAAAUUUUAUAUACUAAUGGCGUGGGGAUAUUAUAGUUCCUUAAUAAAUAGUUAGUUGUUAGUUUUAUGGUUAUAAUCUGUAAGGGAUUUAAUUUUUUACCAAAUUAUGUUUCCCCAUUGUUCUUAAGUUGCAAUGUCAGAAUUGUGGAGAAGAUACAAAGGACUGGAUUUAUAUGAGCUUAGGGGUGAGUUCAUAUGUAUUUUAUUUUAGCUCAUAACAAAAGAGUAGUGGUCUUACCAAAGGAAUUGUAUGACGAGCGGAAACCUUCUAUUCUCCCCUUUUUUGACAUAUGCUAAUCAACGUAAUUGUAGUCUUUCCUUUGUAUUAUUUAUUAAUAAUGAAUUCAAAUUAAACCUGAAUAACCCGAGUCUCUUAAAAGAAUGCACUUUAUUUCCAAAGUAAACAUGUGAACACUGAAUCUUCUUUGAAUUGGAGUCAUGAGUCUCUUCUCUAACUGCUGUUGUGUCACUUGAAAUUCUUGAAAAUUCAUAAGAUUUUGAUUGUGAAGAAGCUACUAAUCUUUCUUGUACUAUUAUUUUAUGAUCACUUUUUUGUUUGUUUUUAUUUGAGAUCAAAUUGUUCUUUUGUCGCUUGACAGGAAAGUCAAGCAAUUAAAGGAAGCAGAGGAAACGCCAAUUUUGUGUCGAAAUGUAAAUUGUGUGGUCGUGAAAAUUCUAUGGGUAAGAGAAAGGAAUAACCCUAAACCUUUGACACCCAUGAUUCUCUGUUAGCUCUGAGACACUUCCUUGUAUUGUAAGAGAGACUUAAGUGGUACAUCAUGAAAACGAUAUAAAGCUGAUAAGUACAGUUUGUUUAUGUUCACCACCUGUUUAUUGGAUAAUGUAAUAACUGGGUAGCUGAGUGGUUAGAGGGUUUUACUUGUAAUUUGGUGUUUUUGGGUUUAAGCCUUCAAUUUGAGAACUCACUGGAUUUGCUCUUAGUUGGUCUGAUUAGAACUCCUUAGCUGUUCUGUGUAAAAAACCAUAGGACUUCUUACUAAGAUAAAUUUUUCAUUCUUGGUCAGUACUGGCUACAAAAAGCCCUGGUGGAGGAGAAAUCACUCAUAAUUAGUUGUUACUGUUGUUGUUAUUAUUAUAAUUCUUAGCAUUUAUUUGUUACUAUAAAUUAUUAUUUUUAUUGAUAUAAUUGAUAUUGUUUGGGAGAUAAGGGAUUAAUGAAGAACUGAGAGAGUCUGACAAAGGACAUUGUACUAAAUGAAAAGAAAAGUGAUUUUUGUUGUGUUUCUGUGAUCAUUUACUCUUUAACCAAUCAAGGUGUCCUCUGCAGUAAAGGUAAAUAUUCAGGAGAAAAUAAAAAUCCUCUAAAAGUGUAUGGAAAUCAGACCCAGCAAUGGUCAAUAGUUUUUGGAAUGAGGAGACCUGAGUGAAAAGGAAACCAUUUCUAUGAAAAAAAUUGGAUAUACCAAAUAUUUGUAGAAUUGUCUUUUGAGUUGGCAUGUUUUAUCUGUUUUCCAUUGCCAUAAAUCAGGCUUCAAAAACAUCUUUUGUAUUUUGCAGAUAUAAUAAGGGAUAGCAUCUCUGAAUACACGGUAAAUACCACAUCUAAAUUUUGUACCCCACAGAAACUGUCCCUGUUGCAAGGGGCACAUAGAGGCUUUCAGAUCCUUCUUUAAUCACUAGAAAAAGGUGUGACUCUGCAUUAUCUGAUUACCAUGCACUAAAAAACUGAAGUUGAACUAAGAAUAAGACAUAAUUAAAAUUUUGUGUGAAAAUUUUGAAGACUCCUCUGUCAUACAAAUUAUGCUGUAAAAAAUUUCUUUUUUUUGUUGUUGUUUGAUUUGAUAGAUAGAAGAUAGUAACACAUUCAAGACAAUGGUAGCAUUUGACUGCAGAGGAUUGGAACCAUUUGACUUCUCUCCAAGGGUGUGUUCUGCACCUGAGAAAUAGUGUUCUUUCUUGAACUAUGCCUCAAGUUAACCAUUUAGAAGCUUUCUCUGGCUAUUCUUCAGCCAUGGGGUCACUGAUCAGCUGUGAAAGCAGUGGUGUAGAGUUUUUAUGACAGUUAUUAUUCUUUGUUUCUUAAUAUAACAUUUGUGCCAGGGAUGGAAGUUUUGAGAAGUUUAAAUAUCCGUGGAUCCACUGUCAGGUUCUUCUUCAUAGUGCAAAAUGCAACUACAAAAUGAAGAGUCAAACAAGUCAAGUCAGUGCAUGAAGCCCUAGGGUCCUGACAAGAGGGGGGACUUUUCCAGUCAAAAUGAAGUGGAAAGAAUUUGUGUGUACUGAAUUUCCAUUUGUGUCAUAUAGAGCUGUCUGAUUAUUGUAUCAGUCAGGUGCUCUAUUGAUUCACUUCUUUGUAAUGAUAUAUCUUGUCUUAGCAGGUAUAUUAAAAUUUGUAGUUUAGUGGUCUGAUAGGCAUGCUACAGCCAUUAACCCUGAUGAAGGCCAGUGAAUUUAGUGGAAAACAGGUGAAAGAUAUCUUACAUCUUGUUUGACUCUUUAUUUUGUGAUGUAGAAGUGUGUUUACAGACAUAUUUGUUGUUCUUUUGUGUGUGCUACAAUCAGUCAUGCUCCAUUGAUGAAGAUCACUGUCAUGUAAAUUGAGUUAGUGGCCAACCUUUUUUUCACAGUCUCGAGGGUGUUAGGGGCUUUGUUGUCUGGUGUUCUGUACAGGGUUGGGAUUGGGGCAGCAUCAUUAUCACCUCCGAGAAGAGCUACUUGACAAAUGUAAACACCCCUGUUAUCCUUUAUUCAGGUUGGAUUUGUAGCCGAUGCUGUUGAUUCUGCAUCAAAGUUCUCAGACAUCAAUUUAACAGAGAAGGUAUCUCCCAGCUGAAUUUGUCCAUAGUUAAAAAGUAUUAACCACUCUACUAAUGGGGUUUUUAGGGCCAAUGUGAGCAAACAGGUGUGUGAUCAAGAAGCUUGCACUCAUCUCCUGUCCACUAAUGCAAGCCAGCAAAAUUGUAUAUCAUGGUAAUUAAGAUUAUCUCAAAUUACAUAUCCUAGAAAUCCCUUUAAGUGGUGUUAAGAGUAUGGGGUAAAGGGAACACCUACAGGUGCAUGGGUGCUUAUCAGAAAGCCAGUACUUGAUUUUUUCAAGAAAGGGAAUUAAGUCACAUGAGAUUCAAUCCCCAACCUCCCAAGUAGAGAUUCUAUUUAUCUCUGUGGGUUACUUUCCUGAGUAAUUGGUUUUCAGGCCUUUCAUAACUUUAUUUAUACACAGUAAGAUCAUACAGCAUCAAUCUGAACUCUGAACUUUGUACUCUGAAGGUGUGAACAGACUUGUUGCUGAAAACAUUAAGACCAAUACUGAGUUUAUAUCUUAUUUUGGAGCAGGCUACUCAAUAAUGAUAUUUACUGAAGUAUUUUCUUUCACACAAGGACUGGUCUGAUUAUGAUGAGGAAGCCGGUGUUUCAGUUGGAAUUUACGAGGUUACCCAUCAGUUCUUGAGGCUAUAAGGACAAGUGCAUAUCUCAUUCUUACACAUAAAUCAGUAGUCAGAAUGUCUCUACAAGUUAUCUCUUACAAAUAGAGGUUAAGAGGAGUUUGUCAGUUCCACAAACAAGUCAUACUCAUCAUAAUAAAAAACAUUAAUGGUGCAUUAAUGUUGUUGAAACAAAAAGUGCAGUAUGGAAUUUUCGAAACAUACUUUGUAGGCAUAGAAGAAACUCUUAGCACAACAACAAGAAAAACCCCUGUUGUUGCUUUCCUGACAUUUUAAUCAUAUUAUAUCAAGAUGCAGGCUGUACAAUGAACAAUAAAUGUCCAUGCAGUACUCUUCUAGACUUAAAUGUAGUGAAACUUGCUUUAUGUACUGUCUUGAAAUGUAAUUGAGUCCUUGAAAGCAUUGCCAUAGACACUUACCCUCAAGAAACUGGUGAAACAUUUGUGAACCUAGGCUAUUAACUCAAAUAACCAAUAUCAAGUUUGAAAUUUCCCUUUCUCUUUUUGUGGUAGGCAGUUGAUUUUAUUCCAUAAUGUUGUCAAUGUAACCUUGAUUUUCUUAAAAUAUCUAUCACUGUCUUACAUGAAAUCUAUCUCACUCAGGUCCAAAUGAGUUUUUGGUAUAACAAACCUGCAUACUUGGUAGUCUAUUGAAAACUAAUGCUGAACUCAGACAUAGAGGUGGAUUUGAG